UUGGCAAAAUCUAUGAGAGAGGAUUGUUGCGUUGAGGCAAUGUACUCCCACGUGACCAAACAUGGAUGCCAACAUGACCCGGAAAUGAAUCUGAAUUUGUGCUAAAAAAUUGAUCAAAUGAGGCUUAUUUCAUGCGUUGUGCUAUUCAAGUAGAAAUUUGUCCUAAUCUGCAAAAUAAAUGUAUGCACGACAUAAGAUUUGUGUGCAAAUUUUGAGAAUAUUCCUGUUUUACUAACAGCCAAACGAAAAAAAUCGGUGACCCCGAAUUUGCGCAUGCGCGACAUGAUUGUGCUUUCAUGGAUGUUGUCAGAAGUUGUUUGAAACAGAGUGUCUUUAGCUUUCCAUUUUACAUGUCGUGCUCAUCGCGUUUUUUUCUUUUCUGUAGAUAUCAGUUUGUAAAUACAUGAAGUUAAGUUGCAGCGUAAAAUUUAAUAGUUUGAUCUUUUUCUUUUUGGUGUAACUUGUGGCAAACAUCAUCAAAACAUUACAGGUAAUAAAGAUUUAUUAUAAUAGGCAUCGGUUUUGGCGAUGUCUGAGAAGACUGACGUCGACCAAGAGAUAGAGGAUGAGGAAUCUAACACCUCGCCAAAGCCCUUACCAGCACAUCAGUAUUCUACGGAAGAACUCAUAGAGAUAUCAAAGAGUCCAGCUGCUCAGCGGCGUCCUGCUGUUUUAGAAAGAGCUUUUGACUCGGAGGAGGGUAAGUGGGACCCUGACAAAUGGUACAAGGCCAAGUUUGGGUCCCGGGAGUCGUCCCCUCUGACUCUUGGAGAUGGCAAGGAGCGGCGGCGAGUGCUGGAGCUCGAUAGAGACUCGAAAAGACGACCCUCCCUGAAUGACCCUGUGGAGAGGCUGAAGGAGAGCGAGCGUGACGGUAUCGUACUGAGUCCCCAGCGACGCAGCUUCGGCACGGGCUGUCAUGUGCAGCCCACGCCCUUCUCCCGGCAGAUCAGCUUACCCGAGAGGGACAGGGAGGAUUCUCGGGGCGAGCGGGAUCGUGGGGAGAGAGAACGGGAUCGGGAUAGGGACAGACCAUUGAGAAAAGUGGGCAGCGGCCGGAUACAGAUUGACCGAGAGAACUCAAGGGAUUUCUCUGGUUUACGUGAUCGGCAUGAGGAUCGAGAUCGGGAAAGAGAUCGAGACAGAGAGUAUGCCUGGCCGAGGGAACGUGUUGACCGGGACAGAGAUCGGGAGUGGGACAGGGAUCGAGACAGGGAGAGGGACAGAGAUUUCCGAGACUCUGACUGGGACAGGGACAGAGAUCGGGACCGGGAUCGGGACAGGCGCUUCGAACGGUCAGAUCGAUUCCGUAGAACCAGCGACAGGGACUUUCCUGAGAGGGACAACAGGCGGGACCGUGACUUCAGGGACAGAGGCUUUGACCGAUCAUCACGGAGGAGACCAAAUUACCGAGAAGAGGAGAAAGAGCCUGAAUGGUUUACUGGAGGUCCCACAAGUCAGACGGACACCAUAGAGCUCAGGGGCUUUGAGAAAGAUACAGAUACGGAAAACGAAAAUCCAAACAUUGUAAAGGAAGAGAAUAAAGGAGGUCGUAAGAAACCUGGAAGAGUUGUCGAGGAAAAAACAAGCAAAGAGUCGACAAGUGAAGACGCAGCUGAAGCGGAUGGGGUCCCGUCGCAAUGUAGCUCGCCAGAAGUGGACCAGCAGACGCAGCAGCAGCUGCCUCCGCAGUCCGAUGUUUUGUUGGAGCAGCAGCUACAGCAGCAGCGCCUGCCGUCACCGCAUCUGCUACAGCACAUCACACGAGUGUCCCCAGUCAACAACAACAUCGACCACAACGCUCUGUUUGACUUUGAGCAGAUUUUUAAAGCUAGCGAACCUUUGGAGGAAGAAAAUGUACGGCAGGGUAGUCGCUUUACACAGUUCUUCACAGCCCGUCCCAGUGCCAAAGCCGCCAGUGACAUAUCUUCUCUGGAGGACAUGGUACCACAAGAUUUGCUGGAGGAGAGUCGAGCAAGCCCUGCCGCGCCGUCGCCGAGUGUGAUGAUGGGGCCUAUGGGUUCAAUGCACCAUCAGCUCAGCUACAUUCAGCAUCUCCAGGAACAGCAGCACCUGCACCAGCUGCACCAACAACAGCAGCACCUGCACAAUUUGCAGCAUCAGUUCCACGAGCAGCAGCAGCAGCAACAUCGACACGCAGGUGGGCAGCUCAAGGACCCCAUGGCUUCCUCCUCACCACUGCCCCCAGCCCACCUGGCUUUCAUGCCCAACUCUGCCGGGGACAACCACGGGGGUCCGAACUCCUCUCACCAGCACCACCACCAACACCACAACAAGGGCGUUCUGCCUCCCUCGGUCACCGCGCUCUUCAACACAGCCGCCGCCGCAGGGGGCUCGAGUGCCUGUAAGUGGAAGCCUCGGCUUGAUUGUAGCGUGGAAACUCUCGAAUCUAGCCUCUUCACUGACUCAGCUCUGUCCAGCAACAGCAGCUUCAGCGCCCAGGAUGCAGAGGCUCAGCUCAAGGCCAUGUUGUUUGGUGGACCCAAAGACUCGGCCUCCUCCAGCGGGACGGCCUCCCCGUCUAACCUGCCAGCCAGCGUCCAGCGCAAAGUGAAAACUGUGGCAGAACUGGAAGCAGACAUGCAUCAGAACUCACCCCAGAAGAUGGAGAGUCCAGUACCCUCAAGUGCCAGUGCUAACCAGGAAGGGGACAUGACAGCGUUUAACAAGCUCCUUAUCAUGGUCAAAGCUGCCUCAGAGGCCAAUCAGAAUGCAGUUUUGCCCGAGCCACUGCCUAGUGGUCACCCCACUCAUGGUAUGAUGCCCGGGAACAGCGAGUUCAAUCAUGCUCUGAUGCGCAACAAGGAGCAGCAGCUGCAGCUGUUACAACAGUCCAUGCACAAUGCCCAGCGGCCCCCGCCCAUGCCGCAGCAAGGGAUGAUGUCGCAGCUGCCUCCUCAGAUGGUGGGGCCACCGCCGCAGGCCAUGCAGCAGAAGUCGGCCAUGACGCUGCAACAGCAGCAGCAGCUCCAGCACCACAUGGCCCACAACAUGCCUCCUGGCCUGCCCGGCAAAGACCUGACUGGACACAGCCUGACCCCGCAGGCCAUGUCGACGCCUCACCCGGUGGCCAAGCCGCGGGCCCACAGUGGGGGGCCGCCCACAUCAGGGGACCCCAUCUUCAACCUGAUCCAGCAGAACCCCACCAUUGUGAUGAAGCCCGCCUCCCCGGCCCCACCUUUGCCGGGCAUCCUGGCCUCGCAGCCCUCGGCCGUUCCUAACACGGCGAGGGUGCCCUCGCCUUUGAAUGUUUCAGUGUUUAGCCAACAGCCUCCCCUCCACCUGAGUGCUCCGUCUCCCAUCCAUCCAGGGCAGCUCAGUCCCCGCGCCUUGACCGUUGGCGCCAACUUGACGGCCACCACUAUUCCUUCCCCCAGCGGUGUACGCUCCCCGGUGCCACCCCGUGUCCCCAGCCCCCAGGAGCUCUCCGCUCACGCCCAGGCCGUCAUGUUUAACGCCCUCAUCAAGAAACAGCUUCAGGAUCAAAGUGAACGCUUCAUGAAGAAGCAGCAGGAGAGAGCCAAGUCACCCAAUCAACAGCAGCAGCAGUACAUCAACGUGAUCAAACCUCAGCCUGCUGUCCAGACAGUGUUACCUCCACACCCACAGCCAAAGGGGGCCUCGCUGGACACUUUCACUCCGACCUCGGUGCUGAGAAAGAUGCAUUCGGAUAAAGCCAUGGAGAAAGAGAAACAGGCUCAGGAAGGAAAGAUAGAAAACGAACCAGAGUACAUGCCGUCCAUGCAAGAGCUGAGCGGUGACAGUCCGGCUGACCACCAGAUGGACGGCCUGCCCAAGUCUGAGCUGAAGGCCAGCCUGGAAGACCUCAACGACAUCAGCUUCCUGGACCCGGUCAACCCAAACCUGGUCUCACUGACCAGCCAGCUGGACAGCUCGCUCCGCAUCGGUCAGAUUAAUGUUCUGCCCGGCAGCCUCUCACAGCCCAUGUCGGUGGAAGAGAAGGUAAAUGCUGGCAUCUUGGGGGAUGGAGGGUUGAGGGAAGAUCUGCCCCAGCCAGUGGUGAGAGGAGACCAGCUGAAGCUGUCUAUCCUGGCUGAGAAACCAGGCUAUCUGUCCCAGAGGCUGGACAAAUCCAAGGCUGCGGCGGAAGCCUCCAGGAAUGCCGGUCACGGUCGGCCUAUUGUUAAAGCUCCAGUGCCAUCUGAACUACUGUCAGAAGACCAAGGAAUUCCGGGGCAGCAGCAGCAUUCGCACCCUAUGCUUGGGUUUCCUCAGCAACAGCAGCAACUACCACUUCCAGCAGGCAUGGGCAGUCGGCCCGUCACCGGGGGCGCCGGUGUUGCUGUUCCCGGAGGAAUGAAGAUGGCGCCACCGUCUUUCUCGACAGCAGCAACCGCAUCCUCGUCUGUCAGCACCCCCAACUCCAACAACAAGGGAGGUGCGGCUGGCCGGGCCAUCGUGGGCUCCAGCUCUGUGCAGCAGCAGCAACAGCCGGUCAGCUCGGCAGCCAAUGUGGACAUCAUGCGACUCCUGGAGCAACAGCAACUGCAGCAGAUGCACCGCAUGGCUCAGCCACCUCAUUCCCAGCCGGGCAUGGUGCUCCCUCCCCCGCCAAUGGCUACGCCUAUCCACCACCUGGGCCCGCCUCCCGUCGGGAUGCCCAUCGGGGGACACAUGCCCAUGAUGGCUGCUCCCAUCAAUUCAGCAGCGGCCAUGCAGCAUCAACUUGCCGCCAGAGCCCAUGCAGCCAACGCUCAGCGCAGCCAGCAGCUAUCCAUGAUGGCCAUGCAGCAGCAGCGAGGCAUGGCCCCCCUCCCGCCCCUGCACACCCGGGGCGGCCCCGUGUCGGCCCCCAUGAGCCCGCAGAAUGCAGGGCCGCUCUCGCCAGCUGCUCUGUCAGCCACCAUACAGAGAGUGGCUUCGCCUCACGGCCACCUGAAAAUGAAUGGCCCACAGCCCCCGGUGUCCAGCAUGAAUGGGGGAGGAGGAGGAGGAGGAAAGCCAGACUUGAACUCUGGUAUCCAGCGCUGGUUCAGCCCAGACAUCCUCAAGACGCAGCUGCCCAGCAUGCCCCCACUGCCCACCCAAGGCAGUCAUGUGAUGACUGUGGACGAGCUUGAGCGGAACUGAGAGAGCACCGCUCCGGCCUUUCUGGGUGGAAGACUUGAUCAACUGGAGUUUUGGAUGGGAGCUGAGUGUAAAGAUUUAGUAUGUGGUAUUCCACCCCUGUUGUUUUGAGUGGAAAAAUCUCCCAGCUAGUUGUCUCUUAGUUGACUUUUGUAAAAAAAAAAAUUUGUGGAGGCGAAAGGUUGCUGGGGUUCAUGGUGGUGGCUAGUUGGGCUGCUGAUCAGAUUGUGGCAUUUGCUCAUGUGUACGUUCGAUUUGUAAAUACGGAUGAAAUGAUGAUCCCAGAUCCAUAUAUAUAUAUUUGCCUGUUGAGAACAGUGCUAGGGUAGAACUGUGUGGACCCCCCAAAGGUAUCCGCAAGCUGUGCUGUAUUCCCGUUGCAUUAAUCUUAGUUAAUUGGGAAUCGUGGUAUUUCACCAUGUCCUGUCUACACCUGGUCCCGGCAAGCCAGACACAAAGUUGCCCUGCGCUCGGCUGAAGCUGUUGACCUAUCCUGUCUUGAGGCGCAGAAAAAUGUAGGCAGUUUUUUAUUCUUUAGAAAGCACUAGCUUUGUUCUGAGCAGGGCUGUGGUCAUCUGAACAUGUGUACAUAAUGUUGUUAAGGUUAUCGUUUGUUAAUAGUUUGAGAAUUUUGAUUUAUUGAAAGCUUGUUGAUUGUUACUAGGCAAGUUGAGAUGCCAUGUUGGUGUGGUUUGACUUGUCUCGUAGCCAAUGCCCAGUCUGACCUGGGGUUUUUUGUUUUUUUUUUGGUUUGUUUUCUUUUUCCGAGGGUGAAUGUGACGUGGCGAAUGGUUUGGUAACACGAGUGUUCUGCCUGGGGGAAAAACGUAGAAUAUGACACAGACCCCUGCAUCGCACUACCUAACUAGUCAAAUUAAGAUUCCAAGAGUGCGGGUCGCAUGGUAAUCCCAAUGAGUGUUGAAUCAUUAAGAGGUUUAAGCACGCCUCGAGCAAAGUGCCUUGUGCGUACAGCGACCGAUAUGAGGAGUUGAGGCAUACCUCAGAAAAAGUUGCCGUGAGAGUAGAGUGCCAGUGUUUUGAAGUCUGCAUGCAAGCCAGUCGAAAAGUUGUGUUGUCACAAGGGGGUGUGUUUGGACAAACAGGCUUGUGGUUUUAACCACACGUCCACCCUGGUUUUAAUUGCUGGCUGGCCAUCUGCGGAAUACUGUGGGACACUAGGGUUCUUUUAGGCACACCCUGACCAAAGUGCCGUAGCCGUUGAAGGGAUAAAGUGGGUCGAUGGUGGCUCUUGGCAGUGGAGGAGGCAAGGCUUGACAUGCCAGAUACCCAAAUCAGAAUAUCAGGUCACAGUGAAGGUCCAUUUUGAAAGGAUAGGUUUCUUCAGUAACUCGCUGUAAUAUAAUGUAGAGUAGGGGACACAAUGUCUAUGUGUGUGGGGGGGUUAAUCUUUUGUAGGGAUGGUUUCUUUUUGUUGGAAAAUUUCGUUAUCGUCGAUAAUGUACGAGUAAUUAAUGAUGUCAAACUUUUUAAAUUUCUCAGAUAUUGGAAGAGUGCAGUAGUUUUGUUACAAAAUAGGCAUUAGGAAAUUGGUUUGUUUUGAGGUGGGUUUUUUUUUUUAAGGAGAGUAAUAGAAUAAGUCUCUGCGGCUUUUGAAAAUCGAGUAGGUUAUUAGUCAUGGUCAGAAUCUUUAAAAAAAAAUUUUAUGGACUAGUUCUCUGUGGGGCUUACAUUUGGAAGGGGAGGAUGACAUCUGUAAUUGUGGCCAGUUGGACUGAUCCACACUGCUGAGUGCGCACUAGUACUCCCUCCUUUAUGACUGUAUAUAGCGUGACCAGCCGAAUGUGUCCCUCAUGCAGCAUUUUCAUAUCAGGCUGCACAGACAGUGCAACUUUGAAAAAAAGCUGAAUUUCAGUGUCGUAUCAUUUGACUUCGAAAUUCCACGACGGACUGGUAGUUUUCAGUGAAAUGCGUUGUUUAAUGAUGCCGCACAGCAUGGCUUUUAGCUUUAUCAGAUUCUUGUGUUCUGAUCCCGUCGUGUGACUAGAACAGGAGAAGUCUCGUUUGAGUGGCCCAAGCAUGACAUGAAGCACUGGUUUGUGGUGGCCGUCCGUGGUUGUUGCGUAAGGGUGUGGGGCUGUGUACAUAUGGCAUGUGCAGGGGGGAGGGGCACAAGGCUCUCGCUCUCUCUGUGUUCUGGCUUAGAAAAUAGGCAAAUGAAAAACAAAACAUAUUUUGGGAAAAUUUAUUUUCUCUUGAGCACCAUUCUCUAAACAUAAUUCAGUUUUAUAAGUAGAACUUAGAUUAAUGAAAAUCACAGGAAUAUUGUAUUUUAUAUCUUUAUUGAGACUAAAAUUAAGUUGUAGGAUUCUUGAAAAGUAAGCUUAGCAUUGCACUUUGUUGCAAGCAUAGUGAGUUGAUGCGAGUUCUUGUGUAUUCUCCUACUCAACUGCAUAUGAAAAAAUGUGAAUGUGUUUGGAAGAGGGCUCAAUCCGGUUGGAAGUGGAAAGAUCCUAACUUGGGGAGUAGUGGAUUGGGGGGGGGGGGGGGGGGUGCUUCUUUUGUUCUCAAAAUGGUGGACAUGUUUGUAGUCUUAAGAUUUCUUUUCUAAUUUUUUUUUUGCUAGGAGGAAGGGGGGGGGGGGGGGGAGACAGAUUUGCAGCUAAGGAGAAAAAGAAUCCCAGACUAUACCUUCCCAACUCCUCAACUUGGUCAUUGUCAGAACAUCUAACCUGAUUAAGCCCUUGUAGUAAGUUGAUCUAGUGAGCAAGUUGAUCGAGUGAGCAAGUUUUCCUGUACAUAUACGAGUCGUAUUUAUAAUUUUGUCAAAUAGCUAAACAACAAAAAAAGAAAGUGUGUUUUUGUUGAAAUGAGCCCUUGUCCUCUGUCAUUAGUCUUUGACAUUGGGUAGGUUCUCUUGUGUCUUUUUUCUUUCUUUUCUUUCUUUCUUUUUUUUUUUUUUCAUUAAAGUCUGUUACUUUAGGCACGUCAAAUUGUUACCAUGUUUCAGCAGGUUCGUUUGAGUCUGUUCCCUUGAUUUUCAAAGAAUAAAUACUAACCACAGUGUACAAAGGUUCACAUAUUUGGUUUUCACAUCAGAGUUCAAAUCUGAUCUUGUACAUACAUCCAAAUUUCUCUUGAAUCACUUUUCAUUUAGAGUUUGUUUUACCCAUAUUUUCUGAAUUCAUCCUCCUGAAUGUUUGCCACAAGUUAACAAAUUGUGUCUUUAGGGGCACAGAAUGUCUACAUUUACACAAGUUUACACUCACUUUCCUGCCAGUCGGUGGUGUGUGUCUUUUGUUUUUUCUUUCGUCAUUGUAAAUACCAUCAUUUGCUGCUCCAUAGUACUUCGCAGACUCCUUUGUUAUUAUUUUCUCUGACCUCGUCCCAUCUCCUCUCUUGAUUUGAUUUUUUUUUUUUUUUUUUUAACUUCUGUGAAGACAAAGAUUAUGUUUGAUUCAGAAAAGGACAAAAAUUUGACCGUUUCAAUUUCAUAUCAUGUCGUAUGUUUUUAUUAGUUGUUUUUUUCCCCCCACCCUUGGGGGAAAUGGGAAAGGGGGAAAGGCGGGGAUGUUCCUUUUCAGGAUAGUUUCAAUAGUUUCAUGACAGCCAUUUUGUCAGCCGGGUCUCAGUUGAGAUUCUGUAUUUCUAUUUUUUUUUUUUUUUCUGGGUGUUAUGGCUGUUCCAUGUUGUUCUUUGCUUACACUGAAACUUGUGUGGCAGACGAAUUGGUUUGUUGUUGUUUUUUUGGGGGGGGGGGGUUAAUUUCGGUAUGGGUACAUAAUGUAUCCUUUCUUGUUUCGAUGUUGGGUAGUGAAAAGUAUACCAGUAAAACUUAAUUUCUUGAGUUUAAACUUAUUGAGAGACAUAAUAAUUCCAAUUUGAAAUACUGGGCUGUUUCUCUUUUCCUUCACUUUUUCUUCUUUUGAUAGGAAUUUUCCCCACCCUUGCAAAGGUUUUGAUAUUUUAGACUUUCACUAAAAUGCAUUCCUUUUCUUUUUGGUGGCUUUGGAAGACUUAUGUUAGGGGGGAGGGGGGUGUUUACAAGUGUUUACUCCUCCAGUUUCGAUCUAGAUGGAAAAUGGUCUGUCUGUCUGCAUGUGGGGGCACAGAAGUUUGCUUUUAGCCCCCCCGUGGGCGAGGGAGGAGGGACUUUCCUUCAUGGAUGUCAUGACACUGACACGAUUAAUGGGAUGGGGGGAGGGGGUGGCAGGUGGCAUUAUUACUACUGUUCAAUCAGUUAACCAUUUGGGGUGGGCUGUCCAGCCUUCCCACUUGUGACUGAUUGAUUGUUGACUGGAUAUUUCAUUAUUAUGUGAUUGGCCGUAUCGUUUUGUGUAUGCUGUCAUUAUAUUUACUCUUUAGCAGAAUUUUCUUGGGUGUUCGAGAGUUUGUAAGUGUGUGGACCUUAUUGUUGUGGUUGGUGAAUUAUUGUGAGUGUAAUGUUGUUUCAAAGUGUUUGUUGCUUUGAAAGUAGAGGUAUGGUUGUCAUUGUUUAAAGUAGUUUAGUUGAGUUGUAAGAUUGUUUGGUUUGCAUCAGGGAUUGGUUUAGAAUGAAAGCUUGAAAGGGGGAGGGGGGGGGUAGCAGCGAUAUCUAGAAAAUAAUAAAGACAUGAGUGAGCACUCAAUCAUGAAAUAUUUUGGUGCACCAGUGAGGCUGAAAAUGUUAUUGGUUGAUUCGUUUCUAGGGGUUUUGUCCUGUGACCCGUCGGAGCCGUUGUUGCGAGGGCUUUGAACAUUUUGGAUCGGUAAUAGUAUAUGUUUUUGUUGCCAAAAACUUGCAGAGAUAAAUGUUUAUUGGUAGUCUUCUAGAAUGAUUGGUGUGAGGGCAAAGAGAUACUGACUGAAUUUGUGUCGAUGUUGUUUAGUUGGGUGUGUUGUUAUCCAUGGGCACUAGUUUCCAAAUAGUGGCUCAAGCUGGGGUAGAAGUUAAGUUGUACCAAAAGCUGCCCUUGUUGAGUUGAAUUUUUAAAAUUUUGACUUCUGCUGUAGACGUUGGAUUUUUGUUGUGGGUUUGAAAUAUAAUAUGGUGUGAAGACACUGUGGUGUGUGAUUAUUUGUCUGUUGUGUAAAGAGUCGUGAUCUUGGUAGCUACUAGAUUACUCGUCUCAGAGAAGGGGACUGACUACAUGUAUUGUUUUGGACAGUUGCACAACUGAUUGUUUGUAAACCUAUUCAGUGUGAUUGAUCCCUGUAUCUUUGGUUCCGCAAUUUUUUUUUCUCUCUCCAGUCCUCUCCUGUUUGGGUUUUGUUUGGUUUCCCUAGUGCUGCGUAUUUCAAGCACAUUGUUGUCUCAGCUUGUGAGUGUUAUUUCUACUUUUGACUGCUUUUCUUUACUUUUGUGUUUUUUUGUGAAUCAAUUGUAGGAUUUAUUUCAAGCUGGCUUGUUAUCAUCAGCAUUGCGUACAGUUUCCAGCCCUUUGCCACAAAUUUUCUGUGUCUUAUGCCGCUGGCGGAAAUUUUAUUGGAUACUUGUGUAUCGAGCAAGAUUUUUGGUUUCGAAGCUAUACAAUGCCAGUGCCCCAUCAUGUUUUUAGGAGUUGGAGAUUACGUUGCAGACCACAUCUCUCAUUUAAAUUUGAUCUCUUAUUAAAGUUUUGUUUCUCCUUUGUUUGCCUACCCCUCGUUAGUGUCUGUUACAUUCCCCUCCUUCCCACUUUUUAUAACCUUGGUCUGUUUUCUGGUUCCUCUUUUCUUAGCAUUGUAUUGUGCAGUAUGUCAGAAAGAGGGACUAAGAGUGUCCCAUUUUAUUAACUAUAGAGAAUCUACUAUGAAACUCAUUCUUUAAGCUAGAUGUUUUACGUUUGUGGGAAUUACAAUCUAUCAAUAAGGAAAUAUUUGGUGUGUGUUGUAAAAGUUUCUGGGCCGAGUAUUUAAAGAUUGUGAAAAUAGCAACAGAUUUUUCUGCCCUAGUCAUGUAGCUCUCUUUGGUUUUGAUAUUGAAGAAGCCAACAGGAUCAUGAUCUCAUAGUCACAGACUUUCGCUCCUGUUUGGCUAGGGUAGGUUUUUUCUGGAAUCUUUGGUAGCUCCAUUUUGGAAGACUAAAUGUUGCUAAGAUAUUUCUUUGAAACAAAAGCCCUCCACCCCCCCCACCCCCACCCCCCUCCUCCUUUUUGCAGCAGUUUUUUCACCCUUUGUGAGAGGUUGUAGUUGUAUGUUUCUGGUGUGUUUGAUUGUAUGCUCGCUCUUGGCAGCUUUGGGGUUUUCUUGUUGUUGUUUUUUUCUGUUUGUGGAGACCCUUGUCUAGGCCUGGGUUUGUUUUUUAAAACUGUGCUGUAAACCAUUUGGUGUUGUCAGGCAUCACGGGAACUUGUCCUUCUAUUGUCUGUGGCUGACAGCUUGCCUCAGUCCUCCCGCGGAAUCAAUAAGUGGCUUUUCGUAAAGUAAAUGUGCAGGUGUGAGCUUUAUAGCCAAGGACCACUCAAGAUAGUUAUCCGUUCGUUCUGUAAAUGUUUCGUUGGUGCAGUUUUCAUCAAUGUUCCCAUGUUUAUUGUUGUUUUCAGAAUUGUUAUCGAGAACAAUAUACACAGAUUCCACUAAAAUCAUCUUCUUGUGUGUUUGUGUGCGUAUGUGUGUGAAUUCAUAGAUAGGUUUCCGUUUAGCUCCAAGGCCAUUGGUUUGAUGGCAUUUCAUUUCUUUUCAGGGCUGUCCUGGUUGUUUCUGAGGAGAAAAAAUCAACUGGUUAGUUUUUCUCGACGCAGCCAAAGUUUUUGAUGUUUUGCUGUAAAGCCAGGUUGUAAUGGAAAAAGAGACUCUCUUCCUUCAUUGUUUUGAGGGGGGGGAGGGGUGGGGGUGUUUGCUCCGACACUGUGUAGGUUUAGUAUGGUUUAGUAUGGAGCUUUUAAAACAUAUGCGUGAAACGAGCGCAAAACAACAUUGGCUUCUCUUUUUGCUCUGAUUCAUACUUGCAGUGGAGACGAUGAGUUCAGUGGUCAAUUCUGUCAUGCACCGUAAUAAUAUACCAAAAGUUUGUCUGUGGACACAUCAACAAAUCACUGCACUUGCACACUUAUUGUUUCCUGGUUGAGGAGAGAAAAAAAGAGAAGGAGAGUGUGCCAACGUGAAAUGUGCCGCAUUUUCUGAAACUGUAUCUAAGUCCAAAGGACUGCAGUGAAGUAUUAAUGGCCUUUGUUGUUGCGUGCAUAAAAAGACAUGGGUUUGAUUCCUGAGUGGGGACAUUUUUUUUUUUUUUGGUUCCUGUCUGCGGGGAUCUUGUUGUAUAUAUCCCUAUCUGCGCAGGCUUGCCCUGACAGGCGAGGGUUGAAGCAGCCUGCUCCCUAAAUGACCUUUAUUGUGUCGGACGGGGCUUAAAAAGGCUUUUUAAAAAAUUACUCUUUUGAGAAAUGGACUGAGAAGCUAUUUGGUGGCAAAGAACCCAGUGGGGUCAGGAUAGGCUGUUUGUAUGGUUUUUUUUUCCACCGAGUGGUCCUCGGUGAAUGUCCGUUAGCCACUGGUCUUCUCAGAUAUUAUAUCUGUUCUUUGCUUUUCUAAUUUUUUUAUUUUUUUUCGUUUCCUUUCUUUAUGUUAAUCUUGGUAUGGUUGUAUUGAAACUUAUUUUUGGUUUGUUUUGGAUUAUUUGUUUUGCUAGAACACGUUGUGAACAGACGCGUUUUGGCCUUGUCAUAUCACGUCCAUCACUUGUCAUCAUCUUCAUUGUCAUUUUCAUCAUCAUCAUCAUCGUCAUCAUGGUCAUUAUCAUCAUCAUCAUCAUCAUCGUCAUUCACAGUCGUUAUCAUCAAAUUCAUUUACCCAUGCCUGAGAGGAUGAGAUAAUGCUUUAUUUUGUCCUCUGUAGGUUUGUUCAUCGAUGUUGUGUCCGAAUGAAGUGGUCAGAUGUACCGAAGAAAUAGACCUUUGAAAGUAAACACAACUUAGCUUGACCUUUGUCAGUUUCAUUCACUCACUCAGAUACAGACAAACACACACACACACACACACACACACACACACACACACACACACACACACACUUGACCUAAGUGUAAUAAAAGAAGUCAAACACACACAUAUAUACAUUAAACUGGUAUAGUCACAGUUCAAUACCUAAUACACCCCCCCUCCCCCAUCUUCUCUUCUUUUACUCAUUUCGGAUACGAGUUUCCCUCCGACAGUCAAACAGAAUCACCAUGGAGAAGUUUCCUCAGUGUGGUUGCCGUAGUAGUUGUGUGCUGUGCUGUAGCCUGGGCCAUCAUCCCGCCCAAGGCUUGUGUGUCUGUGUUGGUUAGUGCUGCUCAGAACGGAGAGAAAGAAGGAACAAAAAAACAAAAAAAAAGAAAAGAAACGAGUGUGUAUGGCUUCAUCUUCCUCGUCUGCUCAUUGUCUUCUUCAUGUUCAUUCAUAUUUGAUUCUGUUUUGAGCUACAUAAAUAUGGUUGAAAAAAAAAAACUUUGGAAAAAGCUCA